CCUCCUCCACCUCGUCUCCCUCCUCCUCUUCACCCUCCUCUUCACCCUCCACCUCGUCACCCUCCACCUCGUCUCCCUCCACCUCGUCACCCUCCUCCUCGUCUCUACUCAUCCGGCGGCGAGGUGACAUUAAGUACAUGGUUGGGAGCUGAUCACCAGCGGCCCGUCCCGCAGCAGCAACACAGCGCACCUGUCCCGGCCAUGCGCACGCAUGAUCCGUGGGCUGCACGCGUCUAGCAGCGGUAGCAGCAGCGGCGGCGGCGGCGGCAGCAGCAGCAACAGCCAUGAUACCCGUAACGGAGCUGCGGUAUUUUGCUGACACUCAACCCGCCUACCGCAUCCUCAAGCCGUGGUGGGACGUGCUCACGGACUACCUGGCCAUCGUCAUGCUGAUGAUUGCUGUGUUUGGCGGAACCCUGCAGGUGAGCCAGGACAAGAUGGUGUGCUUGCCGUGCGUGCACGCCUGCGAGUGCACGUGCACGCACGACGCCAGCACAGCUCGCGACUGCAACGCCAGCAGCCGCCUCGGCCCGGAGCAGCUCGCCGUCAGCGCCCAGCACGCCGGGUCACUCCGGGCCCCCGCCGAGGGCCCGACGGCCGGCGGCGCCGCCUCCGCCGCCGCCACCGCCGACGACGCCGACGACGCCGACGACGGCUCCGACCCCUCGCUGGACCCCGACUCCAACACCAUCCCCGGCGCGCUCCCCACGCCGACCUCCCGCGGCCAGCCCGGAGGGCCCGGCGCCGGGGCGGCCCCUCCGAGCGCCGAAGCCGUCGUCGCCCGGCCGGGGCCCAAGGCGGUGAAGACGGAGCUGGACAGACACCAGUACUUCUACAUCGACGCCGUGUGCUAUGAGAAGCAGCUGCACUGGUACGCCAAGUACUUCCCCUACCUGGUGCUGCUGCACACCCUGUUGCUGCUGGUGCUCAGCAACUUCUGGUUCAAGUACCCAAAGACGAGCUCCAAGAUCGAGCACUUCGUAGCGAUCCUGGGCAAGUGCUUCGACUCCCCGUGGACGACUCGCGCCCUCUCGGAAACCGUGGCCACCGAGUCGUCAUCGCCGCACGCGGGCAACGGCGGCGGCACCCCGCGGGCACACACCCUCUCCCCGUCGUCCAUGAGCUACCAAGCCGGCGGCGGCAGCUCCAACUUCGGCGGGGUGCCGCCCGGCGCCAACAGUGGCCCCGGCGCCGGCUUCGACCCCAGGCCGCCGCCGCCGCCGCCGACGCACUCGCAGAUGUCGGCGGCGUCGGCGGCCGCAGCGCCGCCCCCCUCGUACCGGGCGUCGGACGACGUGGAGGCGCGGGCGCCCAUGCUGGCUCACUCGCCCACCUCGUCCGUGCACCAGCGCAAGGUGGCGCAGCACGGCGCACCGGGACGCGCGCACAACGGCACCCAGGGCCACGACGAGGCUCAGGCCCAGAACGUGAAUUUCCAAAACCAGGCGAUGGCCGCGGCGGCGGCGGCGUCGGCGGCGUCUGCAGCGUCGGUGGACGUGCUCGGCUCGCUGGACAAGAAGGAGGCGGAGCAGGCAAAGGCCAUCUUUGAGAAAGUGAAGAAGCUCAGGGCUCACAUCGAGGAGUCUGACGUCAUCUACAGAUCGUAUAUGUCUCAAACGCUGUGCAAAUCCCUGGAGCUGGUGUGCGUGCUGGCCUACUCGCUGCGGUGCGUGCGAGAGAUCAACUUCGACGUGAUGUGCUCGGCCCCGGACAUCAUCCACCUUACCGGCUACGGCACGUUCUGCUGUGCGCACCCGCUCGCGACGCUGUUCAAGAUCCUGGCGUCGUUCUACCUGGCCGUCACGCUCUUCUACCUGCUCGUGUGCCUGCACACCGUGGUGUGGAUGGUGCGGCGCUCGCUGCGCGGCUACUCCUUCGAGCACGCGCGCGAGGAGAGCAGCUACAGCGACAUUCCCGACGUGCGCAACGACUUUGCCUUCCUGCUGCACCUCACCGACCAGUACGACCGACUCUACGCCAAGAGGUUCGCCGUCUUCCUCUCCGAGGUGAGUGAGAAGAAGCUGAGGCAGUUUAACCUGGACCAGGAGUGGAGCCGGGAGAAGCUGCAGGCCAAGAUCACGCGCAACGCCCAGGACCGCACCGAGCUGCAUCUCUUCAUGCUGUCAGGUCUACCGGACGCCGUCUUCGAGUUGUCGGAGCUGCAGGUGCUGAAGCUGGAGCUCAUCCCGGACGUGAUGAUCCCGUCCAGCGUCGCUCACCUCACUCACCUGCGCGAGCUCUGGCUCUACCACACGCCGGCCCGCAUCGACAUGGCCGCGCUGGCGUUCCUGCGCGAGAACCUACGCUCGCUGCACCUCAAGUUCACGGACGUGAAGGAAAUCCCGGGCUGGAUGUACAGCCUGCGCAGCCUGGAGGAGCUGCACCUCACGGGGAACCUGAGCGACGAGCACAACAAGUUCAUCUCGCUGGACGGGCUGCGCGAGCUGCGGCGCCUGCGCACGCUGCGCAUCAAGAGCAACCUCAGCAAGGUGCCGCAGGUGAUCGUGGACGUGGGCGCGCAGCUCCAGAAGCUCUCCAUCAACAACGAGGGCUCCAAGCUCGUGGUGCUGAGCUCGCUCAAGAAGAUGGGCAACCUCUGCGAGCUGGAGCUGAGUCGCUGUGACCUGGAGCGAAUCCCUCACGCCAUCUUCUCGCUCACCAACCUCCAGGAGCUCGACCUCAAGGAAAACAACUUGAAAACGGUGGAAGAAAUCAUCAGCUUCCAGCACUUACACCGGCUCAGCUGCCUCCGUUUGUGGUACAACCAGAUCGCCUACCUGCCCAUCCAGAUCGGGCUGCUGUCGGGGCUCGAGCGGUUGUACCUCAACAGGAACAAGCUGCAGUCGAUCCCCGCGCAGCUCUCCUGCUGCCGGAGGCUGCGCCACCUGGAGCUCAGCCGCAACCUCCUCACCGAGAUCCCGCGGGAGAUCCGUGGCCUCGCCAGCCUGCAGCACCUGGCACUCACGGGGAACAAGAUCGAGGCGCUGCCGCUGGAGCUGUUUGAGUGCCGCAGGCUGCGCGUGCUCAUGCUGGGCCACAACGCCCUCACCUGGCUCCCGCCCGGCAUCGGCGCGCUCACCUCCCUGUCGCUGCUCGAGCUCACGGGGAACCCACUGGAGGGCCUUCCCGCCGAGCUGGGCCUCUGCCCGGCCCUGCGCCGGGCGGGCCUCCUCGUGGAGGCCGAGCUGCUGGCGUCGCUUCCCGCAGACGUCUCGCAGCACCUGCACGCGCCGCCCGGCACCGCCUACCGCGCCGGCUCGGAACCCUAUCACGGCGGCGGCGGCGGCGGCGGCGGCGGCGGCGCCGCGGUCCGCGGGGAGAGCGGCGGCGGCGACGGGCAGAGCGAUGCACGCCGGGGUGCCGGCGGGGAGUCGGCGGCGGAGGAGACGGAGCGCCGGGGCGGGGAGGGGGAGGCGUUCGACGGCGACGGAGGCGGCCGCGCGAGCGAGGCGUUUCGCGGCGGCGGCGACGGCGGCGACGACGGCGUGAGCCAAGACAAGGCGCCGGCAGGCGGUGGAGGCAGGAAGGGCAUCUAGGGAGCGGUCCCGCGCUCGCGCGGAGGCCCUGCUCCUCCGGUGGCGAGGCCCAUCCUGGAGAUGAGGCCCCAGAGGGGAAGGGGUGGCGGCUCCUUUGGCGGAGGCCGCGAUGCCGUAACUAACCCGUGCUGAGCGCACGCUCUGGUCGGGGGGGGGGGGGGAGGGGUUACGCAGACGCUUGCGGGAAGCGUCUGGGACGGUCGCCGCCAUUGGGCCGCGGAAGCGACCGUUCGGCUUCCACGGCGACUUUUAUAUUUCCUGCACAUUUUGCUGCACAUAGCGGAUGAAAGGAAAAUGAGGCAACUUCUUGAUUCGCAAAAUAACAAUUCGUGAGCAGUUCCAUGAGUCGCCCUCGCGUAUGCAGAAAAAUAUGCAAUACACAUUAAAAAAAAAACCUGUUCAUAAUAUAACGUUCAAAUCUGUUAUUUAAAGUGUACGCUGGCUAACAUUUCAACCAGCAGUGCCUGCGAAUAAGUCGCGGUUUGCGUCGACGCCUCCGUAAAUAAUGAUUGACGACCGCGCACGUAAGCGCGCGUGGACGCGCGCUUCACGUUGAAUCGCUGCGUCUGCCUGGCAGCACCUUUCACCAGGCGCGAGCUACGAAAGCGCGUCACCUUCGCGAGGGAGACCCGGGGGAACGACGAUAGGCUACGGGGUGGGAGGGCGGUACGCGGGAUUUGGAGCCCCUCCCCCCCCCCCCCCCCCCCCCCCCCCCCCCCCAGGUCUCGCGUGAGAAUGGCGGUGUCUCGUGUCGUGAAAGAACUUAUUUAAAUGUAUGUUUUUAAAGAUGCGCAGGCUGCCCAUCCGAGCUCUCGGAAAAUAUCAUGCCGUGUCUAGCUGACGAAAUCUUGAGCUUUAAUUUUGUCUUAUAACCGUGCUCCACCGUGGGUUUGUGAGCAAGGAUCUCCCGACAGCGACGGUGGGGGGAGCAUGUGACGGAGGAGGUGCCAUCGGCAGGCUUCUCGUGAUGAGCACCCACGCAGCACAAGCCGUAAUCUCAAGAGUUGCCGAGGGUUUAGGACGGCGACCCCUAGCUAGGAUGCCAAUGAGGUAUAUGCCGGCUGUCAUUUCGGUGUGUGUAAAACACACGCACAAACACUAAUCUUAAUGAGUUAUCACUGUAGUGUCCUAAUAAUGCAUGGCGCUUAGAGAGUGCAGGUUGUCACUGAACGUGGCAUGAAGUUUAAGCAGUAUCAUGUGACUUUACCGAAAGAGCUAAGAAUAUGAAUACAGUAUAAUGCACUCAGGGUUACGACUUUGUGCCAACGCGCACAGGUUGUGUGGCACUGCAUUGCCCACAGCGGCAACCGCAGCAGCAGGAUUUACACUCCCAGUGAUCGCGCAAUUUUGGGCAUAUGGGCAAAGGAGCCAGUAGCAACUGGGCUACGUUCAAUCGUCACGUUACUUUGGAUAAUUCUCCUGCAUUCAAAGCUGAAAGGAUUGAACCUGAAUGUGCAUUUUUGCUGUGGGUGAGCCCUCGGAGAAUCUAGAGGGUUCACUCUCUCUCCCUCUCCUCUGCAAUGCCCCUUAUUUCUGGUUGUGUCUUGACCCUUGUUAUUAUUCUUGUUUCCAAUUGAUUGUCUCCAUAAUCAUCGCAGUUGUCAUGGCCAAAAGGCAUGCACGAGAGCACAUCAUGAACUCGCAAAACGGACAUCCUUGUGGUUCUCAAAAGUUGUUUAGCCUCGUUGCACAGUUUGUCACAUUCUCAUCUUUAAUUUUUUUAAAUGAACACUUUUAUACAUUUUAUUUUCAGUAGGAUUUUUUAUCUGACUCUCUCUGGUCAUGCAGUUAUGUCAGAGCUGUUUUCUAAUCAUGUUUAUAUUUGCUCGAUCGAUAUACUUAGGGCAAAUGUGUGUCACGAUGCCUGUGCAGUGUCAGUUUAAUUUGUGUUGAUCGUCGUCAUCACAAAGCAUGCAUUCUCUCGGUGACCCUGAUCUCCAAAGCAAAUCCAUGACCAAUGUCAAAAGCGCAAAACUCUACCCCAGACAGAGCUGGCGGCCUCGCACUUCUGCGACUCCGUUGGAGACGAACGCCGGUUGUGAACGCUGGAGUUCAAGACGUUGGGGCCCGUGCAUUCCAUCGUGCUGACCCACUGCCGUGCAAUUGGCUGGAUUAAGGAACGCUUUGGCGUGGGUGCGCUCAAGAAUUGAGCACGCUUAUUUCGAGUCUGCGUUGGAGAAAUUGAGCACGGAGUCUAUAAAGAGUUGAAAAGUGGGAUUUGCCAGUUGCCAAGUAAAUGUGAUUAAAGACUCCGUGACCUUGUAAGAGCAGGACUUUGCCAAUUCAUCAGCACACGUAUGCGUGAAUAUCACUGGUAUGUUAACAUAAUUGGUUUACCCAGGUCUUUAUUGUAACAGGUGUUCUUACCUCGCUAAAUAGUGGAAUUGGUAUGAGAUCCACAGACAGUAUGGACUUGAGAACUUAAAUUGGCAUCAUUAAAAUGUACCCAAAGGCUCCAAGUUGUAUCCAUGUUUGGUUUCUGAAUUCAAGCAGGGUUGUGGAAAUUGUGAGCUUAAUUAGUGAAGUAAGUUUUGCAUGAUGUCAACUUUGCACUCUUUAUCAGUGUCGCAUUCACUCUUCCGGUUUAAUUUUCAUACAUACUGGGCGUCCCUUUUGUCAAAAAAAAUAAAUAUGCAAACGAUGCCUAUUCUCACA